UUUAUAAAUGAAAAUACUGUAGAUUGUGUCCCCCCCAGUAAUUGGAUUAAGGAUAAUACCUGUGCCUGGCCGUUUAACCAAAACCAUGCUAGAAGAAUGAUUGAACAAAAAUAUCAACCAAAUAAUAAAGAAUUUACUUAUUUUAAAAUAAGAAUCCUUAGUUCUGGUAUAAAAACUUUAGAAGAAGCAGAUUUUAAAGCUAAUAAAGCUCAAAAUACAACAGACCUAUCUGAUGAUGACAAUAAUAAAAAACGAAUUAAAAUAAAUAAAGUCUGUGGAAUGUCCUAUGUACAAUUCAGGAGAAAUAAUUAAUAGAAAUAGUAUUUAUUUAUUAUUGGUUGCUAUUGGUUAAUCGGGAAGAUCAGGUACAAGCAUGCAUCAAAUCGAAUUUUCACACAUUGCCUACCAGGGUGGCUGAGUUGCACUUACUGCAGUGAGUUACACCAAAAAGGAGUUGAACAAUCACAAUUUGUUUAAGAGUUGUCAUUUUUUACGGGCCACAAUAUACGCUAUACCUACGAUAACCGCAGGUAGAUUGCCUACCUGAUAAUAUACUGCUGCGAAUCAGAAUUUUUAUUCCAGGCAUCAGAAAAGUUAAGAUAAAUUUUGAACACCGUACACCGAAUAUUAAAUAACGAAUUGAACAAAGUUUGAGUCAUAUAGAGUUGGUACAUUUAACGGGCAACGAAGUGCACAGGAUCAGCUAGUUUAUAAUAUAUUAAUAUAUAUAUUAACAAUAAAUAUUUUUUAAUUUUUAGAUUCUGAUGGUAGUGGCAUUGGCACAAUGUGAAAGAAAAAUAAGAAUACUCAAAUAAAUCUGUUGAAAAAAAAAAUGGUUGGUCUCCUUCUCCAAAAGAAAUUGAAGGCACAUUAUCUUUCAAAAGGAAACUUACAUUUGGAUUUGAUAAUUUAAAAAAAAAAGCUAAUCCACUGAAAAAUAUUAGUCAUCAUAUAAGUUCUCUCAAAAGUCCAGAUGCUGAAAAAUCUACAUUGUUAAAAAGAAACAAUUUUGAUGAAAAAAACCAUACACAGAGAUCAUCAUUCUCGCAUCUUAUGAUUAAUUCAGAUGACGUAUGUCCUAUAGAUGCUGAAAAAUCUUCAUUGUUGAAAAGAAACUGUUAUGAUGAAAGUAACAACACACAGACAUCAUUAUUCUCACCUGCUAUGAUUAAUUCAGAUAAUGACGAGGCUGGAGGGACAUCAUUUUUUAGCAGAAAACUUAAAUUUAAAACUGAUUAUUCUAUAGAAAGAAGAAAUCAUAUGGAUAAUAUUAGAUACAUUAGUCCUCGCAAUAGUCCUGUUUUUUCUAACAAUGAAGUUCCUUUUGAUCUGGAGAAAUCCACUGGAAGAAAAUCAUUUUCAUUAUGUGAAGAUCAUGAUGCGAUCAAUGAUAAAGAGUUCAAAAAACAAAUCAUAAGACAUGUUAUGUAUUUCAAAGUAAUGCUGAAACAUAUUACAAACACACUAACAAAUAAUCACUAUGAAUUGUUAGAGAGAGUACAAUCAAUUGAAAAGUUUCUGGAGGAUAAACCAACUAAAUUUUAUGAACAAACAAAUGUAGACAUAAACUGUAUGUCCGAUUGCUCUAUACCAGUAGAUAAUGUAGUGGAUUUAAACACUUUAGAGGACAAAACUUUGGGCGAUCAAGAAUUCAAAAAAGCUUUGAUAAAUGAAUUAUCACAUGUUGGAGGGAAAAAUGUAAAAACGGCCGUGAAGAGAAUCAUUUCAAAACUAUUUACAAAUUGUUUUCUUGCGGACUAUUCAUUUACUGGUAAAAAGGGAAAAAAGAAAUUUUGCGAUUUGUUUAUAUUUCCAAUUAUUUUAAAAUCCAUAAAAAAAACAAGUAAAAUUCAAAAGUGCAAGUGAUCAUGAAAUAGAAGAACCGUUAAAAAUAUAUUUGGCUCAAGCACC